AUCAAUAUGGCGACUUUAUGCUUGAUGCUCAUUGAUCCAUCGGUCUUAUGUUGUGCUUAUGUUAUGUUAUACAUUUCAUGUGCGAGGCCCUUUAGAAUUGUUGUUGAGUAUCAAUCCUGGUACUGCGAUUUAUUAUGUGAACCCGGUGAAUUAGAAAUCCAAAGGCUAAUAAAGAAGAUUGCAAUAUUCACUGCUCUUCAGCAACUCUUAUGGCAACAGUUUACGAAUUAAAGCGAUUUGAAUUCUAGUAAGCCGCGUAAUCAUUUCACUCAUUAUAAAUAAUGGCUACUUCGGUGAGCACAAAUCCGUCUACGUUAUUACCUUUAGAACUUGUCGACAAGUGUAUUGGUUCUCGGAUACAUAUUAUUAUGAAAAAUGACAAGGAAAUUGUGGGAACUCUGCAAGGUUUCGACGAUUUUGUCAACAUGCUGCUGGAAGAUGUAACAGAAAGUGAGGCCACCCCGGAAGGUCGUAGAGUUACAAAAUUGGAUCAGAUUCUUCUCAAUGGCAGUAACAUUACUAUGAAUUGCAAAACAUUUUUGCACGAUUACACAAAAAUGAAGAAUUUAAUAGGCUAUUUUGAGAUACUGACAAGAGCAAAAUUUUUUAAACAUUAAUAUAAAAUAUUCAGGAUAUUUGGAUGGCAACAGUUGGUGCCUGGUGGCGAGAUGCCAGAAACGUAAAACUGAUUUUUGAAUUAUCAUCCCAAGCUCAUCGAAUUAUUUCUAUUCCAAUAAAAUAUGAUUAAGCACUAAAUCUAGCUACUUAUCGUAAAUAAGAUUUUCUAUAAGCUUCAAAUUUGAUUAAAUAAAUGUUUAAUAUUGAUUACAAGA